AUGUAUACUCAGAGGAAUCAAUCUUCGGGUACUUUACUCACUCAAGCUUUUCAUCCACAUUCAGCUGAGGAUCAAUUUUCUCAAGAACAAUUAAAUUCUUCUCAUAUUGUUCAACGUAUCCAAAUGGCCGAUAAUAAUGGUUUCUCUUUUCAGGCUUUUGAAAAUCAUUCUACAAUGCUUGGAAGUUCCCUUCCUACUGAUUGGACACAAAAUUAUGGUGAUGACAUGAGUGAAUUCGUAUUUAGUAACGGUGGAGUCUUCGUUGAUGGUUUGAUUUCUCCAAAUUAUGUCAAUGAUCCUUCUUGGGUGCUUGCUCAAACUGAGCAACAAUCUCUUCACCAUGUUGGUCAACAACAGGAAAUUCAUGCUACUGAAAAUUCAGUGUCUCAAAAUAAUGAUCAUGUUCAUUUAAGGGCCCAGACACCAGGUCCUUUACAAAAAACCAACAUUCCAAAUUAUUUGACCAUUCGUCGUCGAAGUUUAUCCGCGGAUAAUAUCCAUGCAUUAGCAAAGGCGCAAGCAUCUCGUAAAGUUCUAUUUGCUGCGCCAUCCUUAUCCCCUGCGAUGAAUUUUGAACAACAGGUCCAAUUUUCCUCACAAAAUACAUCUGGAAAUACGAGCCCAAAUUCACAAAAUACUCGAUCGCACUUAUCUAGAACUUCUAGUGCUAGUCCUAUUAAUCAUGCUCAAAGGCUCAAUGAAUUACAAGCAAGAUUUAAAGUAAAGUUAGAUAAAAGGACCCAAAGAAGUAUGCCGAAUAUUCAAUUAACGGCAGCUGCUCAGAGUGCUAUGCCUUUAUCACAAGUUAAACCGAAUACUUCAACGGGAACUCCCAUUAUGGAUUUAUUAUCUGUAUCAACUCCCAAUACACCCACAUUCCCACCCGAAAAAUCUAAAAUGAAUGCUCCUCGCCGGGGACACAUGCGCAAACGUUCUCUUUCUGCGCCUACGGCUCCCUUCCAAUCCCAAAAUGCUGCACAAAUGCCAGGUUCAAUCCCUAUGCAACCAGCACAAUCAUUUCCACUCAAUUUUUCUCUUUCUUCUUCCUUCCGUAGAAAUGCUUUACCUAUUCAAAUUCAACGAAAUCCUAAACAUAAUCACAAUAGUCCUCCCUUGUCAUCUGAAGAAUAUCAACGUAAAUUGGAUGAAGAACUUGAAAAGGUUGACUUUGAUGAUAUAACAGUCAGCGAACUUAAAGAAAUGUUGAGACAACGUGGAAAACCCGCCACAGGCAAAAAAGCGAUAUUAAUGCAAAGACUGCAAGAAGAAAUUAUGUCGUCUCCAACGUCCCCAUCUGGAGUUUCAUUGCAAAGUCGUAUUGCCAACUUGCACAUAUCCAGCCCACCAAUACAUUCUCGACGGUUCAGUCCUUACGGAAGUGUUAGCAUUCCGGGUAGCCCUAGGAUGAUGCCCAGCGGGCUGGGUAAUGGACGGCCUCAGUCCGGUUUCAACGGUGGCAAUCUUUCAUUUCCUGAAAACGCAGAAGAAUGGCAAUUUCAAAAUGUUGGAUUAGUACAGGGUAAUAUGUCACAACCUUUGUUACCGCAUAAUUUAGAUGAUGCUUCAAUUAUGAUAAUGGGACAACAUUCACAUGAUAUUUAUGGAUCCCAACAACCUUCUUCUGCUCCUCCCACUACUACAGAAUUUGAUGCCGUUGCCACUUCAGAAUUUCAAGGAUUUCAACAACCAUCAUCUGCCCCUCCGAUGACUACAGAGUUUGUUGAAACGUAUGAUUUUAUGAAUCCAAUGACCAUGAACGUUAUGUCAAUUAACCCAGAUAUGAUGAGAUUAAGCGUUUCAGAUGUUGAUGAUUCAAAUAUCUUAUUAAAACAAGAACCAGGAAAUGAAAACAAAAUUUCUUUGGCAAAUUUGAAUGUUGAAAAUAGACCGCAAUCUGGAUCAAUAGUAUCAGCCUCAUCAAAUGAUACCGUAGAUGGGAUGUUGGUACAACAGGGUUUGGGGUUUGAUUUUAAUCCUCAGCAUCACUUACAGGAUGAAAAUAUGAUGAUUAAGUCUGAAGAUAAUCUAGAUUUCCUAAAUUACACUACGACGAAUAUGACAUCUAUUUCCCAUCAGUCUGCACAACAUUUGCCAAUGCAGCUCGAGUUGCCACAAGAUGGAAUGACAUUCGGCGGAUGGUGA